CUGAGAGGGACAGAGAGAGCCACAACUGCAAUCCCCAUUUCCCCCACUCAGACUUCUUGGUGGUCUGGUGCCUUUACCUAUGUCUGGUUGCUGCAUUUCCCACCCCUUUUUUCUUCUCCCCCACAACCACAAACCAAACCCCUCAGAAAUGGAUAUAGAGGAAAAUAUAAAUCAGCGCAGAAAAGGAGAAAUCUUCCAUACCCUUCUUAAAAGCAAGAUUUAUGAAGUGGGUAUAAAUGAUGCAUAUAUAGAGGAAACUGACUACCAGAAUUGAACUGUUUCCGUUUCUUUUUCUCCUUGCGUUUUGUCCUCAUCAAACGCGUGAUAAGUAGAGAAAGGGAUGUUUCACUUGAGGCUUUCCAUUGUGUUUGUGCCUUCUGUGUAGCUUUCAGGAGAAUAAAAAUUUGCAUCUUCUCUCCCACCUCCACUGGUGUUCUUUUCUUCUUCCUUCGUUUUAUGCUGACAACUAGGGCUGAUCUUCAGGAGAGCCCGUUCUUGGUUCGAAUCCUGGGAGUAUAUGUUGGUGUUCCUGUGCUGCGAACCAUCAAGGCAUCAACCCAUCAGCUCACUGCAAGCACUCUCUUUCUUCCUUUUCUGUUCUUGGUGUUCUUGGUGAGACAGGGAGAGAGAGGCAGACUUUCUUCUUUAGGAGUUGUGCAGUAUGGGUAAUUGCUGGUUUAAAGGGAAUCCAUACUUCAACAGGGUUUCUUCCAAUGCCACCAAAUCAGAAUCUCCAAAAAUUCAGAGCCCAUCGGAGAGAAUUGGAAAGGAAGACAGCCAGCUGCCAUCCAACCCGAAAGAGGUGGAGGCACUGAGAAAGGAUACGGCUCGCAACCCUUUGAUAGCAUUCACAUUUGAGGAGCUCAAGAGGAUUACCAAAAAUUUCAGGCAAGAUUCAUUGCUUGGGGGUGGUGGAUUUGGCAGAGUCUACAGAGGGUACAUUACCAAAGAUCUCCGCGAAGGGUUGGAGAUAGAAGAGCCCCUGAGAGUUGCCGUUAAAGUUCAUGAUGGUGACAAUAGCUUCCAGGGCCAUAGGGAGUGGCUGGCUGAGGUUAUAUUUCUAGGGCAGCUCUCUCACCCAAAUUUAGUGAAGUUGAUCGGGUAUUGUUGUGAAGAUGACCACAGGGUUCUUGUUUACGAGUUCAUGCCCCUGGGAAGUGUGGAGUCCCAUCUGUUUUCAAGGGUAAUGGUCCCACUUCAAUGGUCGAUCAGAAUGAAAAUUGCGCUUGGCGCUGCAAAAGGACUUGCUUUUCUGCAUGAAGCAGAGAAGCCUGUCAUCUAUCGGGACUUUAAGACAUCAAACAUAUUGCUAGAUGAGGAAUAUAAUGCAAAACUAUCCGAUUUUGGGCUUGCAAAAGAUGGACCAGUUGGUGACAAGUCCCAUGUUUCAACUCGUAUAAUGGGUACUUACGGUUAUGCAGCACCAGAGUACAUCAUGACAGGGCAUCUCACGGCGAUGAGUGAUGUCUACAGCUACGGUGUUGUACUCCUGGAGCUCCUCACAGGCCGGAAGUCGCUGGACAAGUCCCGGCCGGUCAGGGAGCAGACGUUGGCCGACUGGGCAUUCCCGUUGCUGACGCAGAAGAAGAAGGUGCUUGGCAUAGUAGACCCGAGGCUUGCCGAGGACUACCCGGUGAAGGCGGUGCAGAAGACGGCGAUGCUGGCAUACCAUUGCCUCAACCGCAACCCAAAGGCUAGGCCGCUGAUGCGCGACAUCGUCGCUACCUUGGAGCCUCUGCAGCAGCUGGAGGAGAACCCCAGUGACAGUUUGGCCGGUGCCACUUGAAGUGCUCACCUCACACAGCUCAGACGAACAGAAAUGCCAUGUACUUGUUACAUAGGGUGUCGAUAGUGGCUAGCUAGUGUUCUUGAUCUGCAGAUGAUUUCUUGAUUGUUUAAUCCAUGAAGGCACGAGUUCUGCUGAGCAGGAAGUUAGUAUUAUGGGCAAGUUUGUGUGUUAUCUUCAGUGUUUGUUGCCCACCACGGCAGCUUGCCUGCCACAAUGUUUGUAACCUAGCAGUGUGUAGCUCAUGAUAUAUGUAUGAUGAGUCAUGUAGUCAUGUGUGUAUACGACGAGGUUAAAAUGCACCCAGGUACAUUAUGUACAACAAAUGCACAGACUCUUCACCCUA